ACCUCAUCUUCCUCUCGUCUGCUAAAACUUGCCGAGAUAUUCUAGGCGAAGGUGAAUUAUGGUCUGAGAUUGAGAAUAAUGUCUCAUUAAUAUGUCUGUUAAUUAAAGAUUUUCGGAUUUUUGGUGCUGUUUCCAUGGAUAUCUGGUGGCACAACAAUGAAUAUGAAUAUGAGCUGCGGGUGGUACCCAUCGCUGGACUACGAGCGUGUGGCGAUGGAGUGUUCUGGGCCGUUGGUGACGAAAGUACCGACGAUGCUGUCUAGCGAUCUGAAAUUGUUGCGUCUUACUGGGACCAACAUCACGUCGUUGGACAGCACCAGCUUCGAGGGGCGUAGCUUGGCCGAGCUGACGACCCUGUCUGUGAGCGGAGGUGCGCUGGCCAGAGUCGCGGCUAACGCCUUCUGCCCGUUGCCCGCCCUGGCGAAGCUCGACUUGUCUCAUAACCAAUUGGAUCUUCUAGAUGCAUUGAGCUUCAAGUGCAACAAGCAUUUGAGAACUGUAAACCUCUCUGACAAUCCCAGUCUGCAUCACUUGCCUCUAUUGGUCAGUUCAUCAAUAGAGACCGUGUAUAUAGAGAAUUGCAGCCUGACGAGCGUUGAUGUUGCCGUAGUGAAGAGAAUGACAGCGCUGAAGACCCUGUCAUUGAGUGGCAAUCGUAAUCUACACUGCCUGUCUGAGAAAAAACGGCUGGAGGAGGCUUUGCCUGAUCUCUCCGUCAUCUGCGAACAUUCUGUAGAGUAUCGUCCCUCUCAGCCCACCACUGGUGGUCGAGAAUCACCUCCACUAAAUUUUCACAAUAACACACAAUCAACAAUACAUCCAACACGAAACGAUGUUGGAAAUUCUGCAUCUCAGCUUCCACAGUCAGCAUGGACUAUUACCGUUGUAGCUGUUUCUGUCUUCACAGUCAUUGGGGUCCCUGUCUAAAGACUGUCUGAAUUUAUCAGUCUAAGGACUGGUGCUAUUAGAUGUGGCAUAGUCUAGCCUUUUCCUGACCUUUGAGCUACGUAAAUUUGAACUCCUAUAUCAGACAUUGAUUCAUAAUAGUAAGCCUAUUCAUACUUAAUGUUGGGUUUAAAACUGAAUCAAAUACUCAUUAACAUUCAAGUGAGAAUGGAUAUCCAAU